AUGAACCGCGCCUCAUCAUCGCCAGAUUAUCCGACCCAGCGAUCGUUACACGCAGCGCAGCGCAUUCAUCAAGCAUGUGGCAUGUGGCCAACUGAGUUCUGCAAAGGUUUUGUACCUGAGACUUGGGGUGUUCGACUUAUCGAGAGCCUUUCUACGUUGGUGUCUCUGGUAGUGGCUGCUGAGAACGUGGAGCUCGACCAGGUGCGCCAUAGAUUGAAGGUUUUCGCCACUAGCCAUCCGCGCUCAGAUCGCCCGCGACUUCGUGAGCUAGAUAUAGCAAAGGUGCGGAAGUGGCUACGUGGGAUGGGUAUUGAUACUAAACAAACACGGCGAUGGAAUGGACGUGCGGAUGAUGAGGAUCGGACUGCGGAGAGUGACAGAACCAAGGCAAACUCUGAACCGGUUGAUGAGAUUAUCGCUCUAGGCUUUCGAGAAGAUCUCAGCAAAUACGGAGACAAAAAUGAAGAAGAGACUGAAGAAGAUCCCGACUUGACUGUCGAAGACGAAGAGAGCGCCCCUCAUAAACGAAAUCUUUGGUCGCGAAGCAGAGACAUCGGUGAUAUUCAGGUUGAUGAGCCUAUGGAGGACACCAUAGCGGCCAAUCCUAGGUCUGGGCCUGCUAUAAUCAAUGGAAAAUCCAGGGGCAGUCCUGCCGCCUCCAGCUCCGGCUCCAGCUCCGCCUCCAACGCAGCCGAGUCAAGCGCUUGCCCUCGGCGCGACUUUCAACCACCAUCUCGCUUGGCUCAUGAUACCUCCCGGAGCUCUAUUCGCCGUCCAGAGGGACCAGAUGAACAAGCGUCCGCGCCUUCUGCUGCUACAACUCCACGGGCUUUUCAAAGCUCGACGCAGCCACGCGAACCACCAAGCUCCCAAACGACGGCGCCUCUCACCUCUGCUUCUCAGAACGCCCAGGGUGCUCAACGAUCUGGUGUGCAACCGCUCAAGCAAACAGCGUCAUCUGUUCCGGGCCAUCCUCAGACUCCCGUGUCUUUUCCUGCGACAACUCCACAGGGCACUACGCGUCCUCCGCAACAACAAGGCAGCCAGGGAUCAGCAACCGCGGCUCAGAACUCUGUACAGCUUCGCGCACAAUCAUCAGCAUCUCUACCCACCCCCCAGAGCGCGCGACAGCCUGACCAACAAUCAAGUAGCCAGCCAUCCAUGUCCGGAACGAGUUCUCAAAGCCCCUCGACUCCUCGCGCACAAGCAAGCUCGCAGCCAGCACUGUCUCGUUGUACCGGCACUACAUCCCAGGCCUCCCAGAGCUUUCAGCAGCAACCGAAUCACCGACCAUCGGCGUCUAUCAAUGCGACUCCUCAAGCAUCUCUACACUCCCACCUAGGAGGCAGUCAACCAUCGACACCUCGUCCCAUCGCCCCUGCUAGGGCUAACAAGCGCCCUGCUCCGUCAUCGCCAGUAAACACAUUUACAUCCACCAACAACUUCAUCAACCGAACAGCGGCGAGCAUUUCAGAAUCACUCGCAGCCCCUUUAACCAAAAGGCAAAAGACUGCUGACAUUCAAUGUCCAAGUUCACAGGUGACUGGAUCAUUGGAUUGGAACGCUCUUCUUAACGAGCAAGCAAAGGAACAGGAAAAAGCCCAAGACGCGCUCAAGGAUGUCGAGAAAUCAAUGGCCACCGAGAACAAGUUGCUCAGGGACCUGGAAGAUCUCUACAACAAAUAUCCUGGAGAUAACGAACUUCGCACGUUCCUGGAUAAACGAAGACGAACGGUUCGCGAACAUGAAGAGGUAUAUACCGCAGUCAAAAUCCAACUUGACAAGAGUGCUUCUGGGCUUUUCAAAACCGAUAGCAAGAUUGCGUUGGCUACCAAGAGGAUUGGGCAGCUUGAAGCCGAGAAGGCCGAGGUCAUGAAAGAGAAGAUGGGGAUUGAUACGGCGGCGAAACGAUUGAUGCUUAUGUCUCGUUUUAUGGAACCCGGCUGGCAAGCUAGACUGGCAAUGGUUGAGGAGGCUUUGGGAGAAGAAGUUAUGCAGUUUGCAUUUUCAUAG